UGAUUCAAGGGAGGUGCACCGAAAGGGAAGAGCUGGGCAGCUCUCUGCAGCUGUGGUUAAAGUUUACAGAAGGGAAGGAUUUCCUCAGAUUGGCGUAUGGGGACAGAGAGGAAGGGAGAGAGAGAGAGAGAAUUCUGCCCUGUUGUAUUUUUGAUCUUUGCCUUUCUCGCACAAUGCUGCAGUGCUUGGCGGAGCCUGAGCAGAGAACUUUCAGAGUCGUGCUCCUGAGGUAAGAUCAUCUCAGUCAUGCUGAACCUGUACACAGUUCUUCUAGGACUUCUGGUCCUCUUGCCCUUCUUGGGAAAUCUCUUCUUCCCUUACAUUUGGCUGGACUUGAAGAUAUUCUUCCAGACCAUAUAUGUGGGAUACAGGUGUGGCAGGCGUCUCCAGAGCAAGCCUAUCUUCACUAUCGUGGACCUGUUUUUAGCAAAAGUCCGGAAGCACCCCGCAAAGACCCUAAUUCUCUUUGAAGAUGAGGCCUAUACCUACCAAGACAUCGACAGGCUCAGCAACCAGGCAGCUCGAGUCUUCCAGGGCCAGGUGGGGCUGAAAGAAGGAGAAACGGCAGCUGUUUUCCUGAAGAACUGCCCUGCCUACAUCUGGGCCUGGUUCGGCCUGGCAAAGAUCGGCUGUGCCACAGCGUGUGUCAACUAUAAUGUCCGCUCCAAGGUUCUGUUGCACGCCCUCAGCUCCUGCGAAACCAAGGUGCUCCUGACCACUCCAGAUUUCAAAACAGCAAUUGAGGACAUCCUGCCCAGCCUCAGGAAGGAAGGGAUAAAAGUUUUCUAUCUGAGCAAAGAUUCCCCCACUGAGGGGGUGGAAGCCUUGCUGGGACAAAUCAAAUCCAGCUCUGCUGAGGCCAUACCCUUUUCCUUCCGAGCUAACCUCGCUCCUGAAUCUGCAUCCUUAUAUAUUUUCACCUCUGGAACCACAGGGCUACCCAAAGCUGCCAUCGUCAAUCACAAAAGGCUGGCGCGUAUGUCCAGCGUCUUUCACCUGUGGGGGAUCUCUCCUGAGGACAUUGUCUACACCGCACUCCCCUUGUACCACACAGCUGGGCUUGUGGUGGGGUUUGGAGGGUGCUUGGAGGUUGGUUGCACGUGUGUUUUGAAGUCAAAGUUCUCUGUUUCCCAAUUCUGGGAUGAUUGUAGACGGUACCGUGUCUCUGUGAUCCAGUACGUAGGAGAAGUAAUGCGCUACCUGUGUCAUGCACCACCGAAGCAGAAUGACCGUGAGCACAAUGUAAAAAAAGCAGUGGGCAACGGCAUACGAGUGGAGGUCUGGAAGGAGUUCCUACGCCGAUUUGGACCCAUCCAGAUCUGUGAGGUCUAUGGAGCCACAGAGGGAAAUGUUGGAUUCAUAAAUUACUCUGGGAAAGUUGGAGCUGUAGGAAGGGUCAACAUCUUCUUGAAGAAACUGUCUGACUUUGAACUUGUUCAGUACGACCCUGACACAAGUGAACCUGUGAGGGAUAAGAAAGGCUACUGCAUCCCUGUAGCUCCAGGUGAGACAGGUUUGCUGGUGGGCAAGAUAACAACCAUAAACCCAUUUACGGGCUAUGCUGGGGACCGUCAGAAGUCAGAGAAGAAGAUUCUCUGGGAUGUCCGGAAGAAAGGAGACUGCUAUUUCAAUAGUGGAGACCUCCUGAGAGUAGACCAUGAAGGCUUUGUAUAUUUCCAGGACCGAGUAGGAGAUACUUUCCGUUGGAAAGGGGAGAAUGUAGCCACGACAGAGGUGGAGAAAAUCCUGACCACAGUGAAUUUUAUUAAAGAAAUAAAUGUAUAUGGGGUGUCUGUGCCAGGCCAUGAAGGAAAGAUCGGGAUGGCAGCCAUCCAGCUGAAGGAGGGGCUGCCAUUUGAUGGAGAGGAGCUGUACAGACAUGCCAAAGACUAUCUGCCAAACUAUGCCGUCCCACACUUCAUCCGCAUCCAGAAAGCCCUGCAGAUCACGGGAACUUUCAAACACGUCAAAGGCCAACUGGUGAAGGAAGGAUUCAAUCCCGCAGUCAUCAGCGAUCCCCUCUUCUUCCUGGAUGUGUCAGAGAAAUGCUACUUACCUAUGACUCAACAGAUCUAUAGCUCCAUUUCAGAGAUGAGACGGAAGCUGUGAAGAAAGCGUCCAGGCACACGUUGGACGAUGGAGUCCUUCACAGUUGACACCCAGAAAACGAUGGUUCUGAACUUUGUGACUGCUGACUUCAAGGGGAAUGAUCACCUCAAAUUCAUUUCUAAUCUGAGACUGAACUGGGAGAUGUAUGUGUAUGUAGUUGAAAAUCCUGCACUACAAGUUAAUUAGGGAGCACAUGUAGUGGUUAAAGUGUCAGACUAGGUAGAGGGGUGUCAAAUUUAUUCGUUAUGAGAAUCGGAUCUGACAUGUGAGACCUUGUUGGGCCGAGCCACGUGUAUCACAAAAUGUAAUGCCAGGUAGUGGAGAUGUAAACUUUUUAAAGGACACAGCCAAAUACAAUUAAAGAUUUUUUAAAAACUUAAAUAUGCUUAAAACAUUAGCACUGGUUGGUUUUAAUGGUGCUUUUUUGGUAUCUCUCCUAUGUAAUCCAGGGAACUGGGCCAAGGAAGCUCAGGUUCUUUCCUUCCUUCCCCAGGGGACUAAGAGGGGGAGGAGCUUCACCCAAUAGAAGGAAGAGAUGCUUGACUCAGUAGCUCUGCUGUACGACUGAGCAAGCCUGGCAAAGCAAGCUGUGAUGCAAAAAGAAGCAAGAGAGAGGAAGAAGGAAGCAGAUGACAGCCAGUUGCUUGGGGGCCUGAUAGGAGCCCUCUGGGGGCCUGAUUCGGUCCCUGGACCACAUAUUUGACACCCCUGUACUAGGAUCUGGAUAACCCUAGGUUCAAAUCCCCACUCUAUGGUGAAAUCCUUUUUUGUGUGUGUAUUUUUGCAUUUGGGUGUGUGUGCGUGUGUUUGUGACCCGUACCUGGAAGUCAUGGCAACCUCUGGUGACUUCUACUGGUGCAUGGAGGACAUUCAGAGAAGUGGCUUGUUAACCUGCCUUUGCCUCCUGACUCUGGUGUUCUCUGGAGGUCUCCCAUCCAAAUACUUGCCAGGGUUGGCCCUGCUCAGCUUCUGAGAUCCUAUGAGAUUGUGCUUGCCUGGGCUACCCAAGCCCAGGCUGUGUAGUGGAAUCUUGAUGCAUGACUUUGGACCACACACACACAGCCUAACCUACCUUACAGGGUUAUUGUGAGGACAAAAUGGAGGAGAGGAGACCUUUGGGUUCCAGUUGGGGAGAUUGGCAUGAUAUAAAUAAAGUAAAUAAAUAAAAUAAUUUUGGGAAUUUUUAAAA